UUUCAUCCAAUUUUAAGGCGUCCAGCUUUCUCUCUCUAACAUCCCUCUUCUCUCUCUACUUUCUCUCUCUACUUUCUCUCUCUUCUUUCUCUCUGAUUACAGAGUUUUUGAAGCAGCGAAACCCAGCAUCAAACCUACCAGUAGAAGAACAAGAAGAAUUCAAAGAUCAUCAAUUUAUUUAUUUUCGGAUUUCAAAUCGUCGAUCGUUUACCCUAGUUCAUUCAAUUUUAUCGACAUCUUGGCUAUUUCUGAUUGGAGAAGAUAGAACUGGUUGGUUUUGCGAUAUGGACACCGAUGUUUUAUUCAUCAAGGAAGCAAAGUUUUUGCGAGAAUGUAUCAAACUUCAGUAUAUCAAUAUGCCUAAGGCAAGAAGAGAUCGUUCUGUCUCUUUUGAGAGAUCUAGAAAAUCACCUGUUCCUUGCAGCUCGAGUUUGUCUUGUGAAACUAAGGCCAAAAGUCCUCCAGCAACAGUGGAAGACUUGAAAGAAUGGGAGGAUGCCAGAUGUGCCGUUUGUAUGGAGCAUCCUCACAAUGCUGUGCUUCUCAUUUGUUCGGCAUAUGACAAGGGUUGUCGCCCAUACAUGUGUGAUACCAGCUAUCGACACUCCAAUUGUCUAGACCAAUUUCGCAAGUCAUUCACAGAAGAUUCAACAGAAACGCUGACAGAAGAAGGAAUUCAGCCUGCUGUGCAGUCAUCAGACAUUGUGGCCGUUGAAACUGUGGUGACCUCGCAGGACGAAGGGAAAUCCCAAGGUUCUGUUGCUGAAGAGAUUGCUAGCAUGCAUAAGCUUCAGCAGAAGCUUGUUUGCCCUUUAUGCCGUGGACAAAUUAGUGGGUGGGUUGUGGCAGAGUCAGCUCGUGAUUUUAUGAAUGCCAAGAUUCGGAGCUGUGCCUGUGAGACUUGUGAAUUUAGUGGCAAUUAUACUGAUCUGAGAAAGCAUGCAAGGGUAGAGCAUCCCCUAGUGAGACCUUCUGAGGCUGAUCCUGAGAGGCAGAGAAAUUGGAGAAGACUUGAGAGGCAAAGGGAUAUAGGUGAUGUGCUCAGUACAAUCCAAUCUUCCUUUAUGGAAGAUCAAGAUGAAGAUGCCAAUCUUCAGAUGGAUGAGCGUGGUUGGAUCACCAUAUAUUUCCUCUUUCGGGUUUGGCGUCCUUCAUCUAGUCCCAGGAGCAGCAGUAGUUGGUCUGGUACCUCCAGGUCUCGAACCCGAGCACAACAGGGUACUAGGAGGAGAUCGUCUGCUAGGUUAUGGGGAGAGAGCCUUGAGGCUGAAACUGGAUCUGCUUCCGUAGAGGAUGAGGAUUCCUCUGAUGACGGUUCAGUCCCUUGGAGGCGUCGUGUGAGAAGACGUCUACCCACCCCAGACGACGAAUCUUGAGUGCCUUAAAUAGAGUUACUUUACCCGAAGAGAACUGGACUUGGGCAUAUCUUUCUUGCUGAAUAUCUUUGUUGCAGUUUGGCAUGUGUCUUAGUUUAAAAUCGUCAACUUUCUCAGGCAUUUGGGGGGAUUCAGGGAUAGUAUCAGUGGCUAAUAGGAAGCUGCAGAACUUGGAGAUAAAUUCGCUUGGGCAGUUCCUUUGCUUCACUUUCAGAUUGGUUCAGAACUGUACUGAAGAAUUUCUUUGAUACUCAUAGAAUAUAUGCUGGCUUAUCAGUGUAUCACAUAUAAAAUGAGCGAGUUUGUAAUUUUCUUCUCGAAAAUGUACCAAUUUGAAAAUGAUACUAAUUUUUAUACCUCUAUGGUUUGCACUUUGCAGUGCAAUUGCAAUCCUUAUUUUCCUCCUUUUUUUUGCACUUAGAUUUUUCCCCUAAAUUCAUUUGGUGUUAUUUAUAAUAGAAUAUCUAGGUACCUGUGUGUAUAUUUUAUCUUUGAAUAAUGAAGCAAAUAUUAUGUUGUCCA